UUAGUUCAGUGGAUUUGGUGAUCUGUCAUCUGUCAGAGUGUAAGUCCGAGACGUCAGAUUCUUUCGUGCUGGUUUUGGAACUCGGAAAACGAUUGACCGAAAGCAUACAACAAUCUUACGAUGGCUUCUCUAGCGACCAAGGGUUCCACACUGGUAUCGACGCUGUUGAAUAACGCUCGGCCAAAGUUCAACGUCUUCUUGAAGUAUGCCAAGGUUGAGCUUACGCCUCCAACCCCGGGAGAUAUUCCAGCCAUCCGCGAUGGAAUCGCUCGCAUCGUUUCGGGUGCCCGCACCGGAGCAUGGAAGAAUUUGACCGUGAAGGAAGCCUGGCUGAACACCCUGGUCACUGCUGAGGUUUGCUUCUGGUUCUACGUUGGUGAAUGCAUCGGCAAACGUAACCUGGUUGGUUACAAUGUUUAAGGCCAUCAUUAAGAUAGUGUUAAGAUUCGAGUCAGUGCGGGAUAUUUGGAAGCUGAGUUGGUUCUUGUAAUAAGGAAACAAUUCUUUCGAGUCGAUAUAAAAAUAUUACUGUAAAAGCAAA